GGGCGGCGUAGUCUGCUCCACGUGCUAUACGCGCGGGGUUGAAACGGUUGGCGGCUCUGGCUGAGAGUACAAGUUAAAACUGCUUUUAGAGAAUAAUUAAUCAUUUAGCUAAAAAUGGUGUUUUUUACAUGCAAUGCAUGUGGCGAAUCAGUGAAGAAAAUCCAAGUGGAAAAGCAUGUGUCUGUGUGCAGAAACUGCGAGUGCCUUUCUUGCAUUGACUGUGGUAAAGACUUCUGGGGUGAUGACUACAAAAACCACGUGAAGUGCAUCAGCGAAGACCAGAAGUACGGUGGCAAGGGCUACGAAGGGAAAGCGCACAAGGGCGAUGUGAAGCAGCAGGCCUGGAUUCAGAAAAUUAAUGAAUUAAUAAAGAAACCCAAUGUCAGCCCCAAAGUGAAAGAACUUUUAGGACAAAUCAGUGCUUUUGACAACGUUCCCAGAAAAAAGGCAAAAUUUCAGAAUUGGAUGAAGAACAGUUUAAAAGUUCAUAACGAGUCUGUCCUGGACCAGGUGUGGAAUAUCUUUUCUGAAGCUUCCAGCAGUGAGCCAGUCAAUAAGGAGGAAAAUCAGCAGCCACCUGACCAAACAGCAAAGCCACGGGCAGACGUCUCCACCAGCGUUCCAUCCCCUAAAGCAAAUGGCCCCACAGAAGAGCAAGCGGAGGCAAAGAAGAAUAAGAGAGAGAGGAAGGAAGAACGGCAGAAGAACAGAAAAAAGGAAAAGAAAGAACUGAAGCUAGAAAACUCGAGCAGUCAGAAGCCUAAGAAGUGCAGAAAGGGACAGGCUGAACCUGAGGCCGGUAGGGAGGAAGCCCCCAAGGCCAACGGCUUGGCAGGGAAGAAGAGCAAGAAGAAAAGGGGUCAGGAGGAGCAGGUGACAGAAGAGGGGGCCGGGACCCCCAAGAAGGGCGCAAACGAGGAGACCAAGACAGCUGCAAGAAAAAGAAAGCGGAAGCACUCGGAAGCUGAGUCGGAUUGUAAGAAGAAGAUGAAGGUCCCAGGACAUCCUGAGGGCGGGCAGACGGAAGACCAUGAGGCUCCUGUAAAAGGAAAAUUCAACUGGAAGGGAACUAUUAAAGCAGUUCUGAAACAAGCCCCAGACAAUGAACUUGCGAUCAAAAAGCUAAGGAAAAAGGUUUUAGCCCAGUAUCACAUGGUGACAAAUGACCAUCACAGAUCUGAGGAGGAGCUCCUGGUCAUCUUCAACAAGAAAAUCAGCAAGAACCCCACCUUUAAGCUAUUGAAGGACAAAGUCAAGCUUCUGAAAUGAGUAUUUCCACAUUUAAAACUUGCAUCCGUUCUGUUGACUACUUCCUUUACAG